AUGGCGAUGGUCCUUUUUGUGAGGCUGUUGCUGCUUGCGCUGCUUGCACUGGCCGACGCUUUGCCUUCUUCGGUGGUGGUGCAUGGGCGCCAGGGGCGCAACAGCAACAUCAACGGUGUGUACAUACGGGACUAUGCGUGGCGGAACGGUCUUUGCUGGAGACGAGCUGGUCAUGCUGGCAGUGGGCAAGUGUUCCUAUACUUCGACGGAGAGUGGCGCAUGGGGCCUUCACCAGAGGAUGGCAGCGUUUGGGCAUUUGCUCGCAGCCUUUCCUCGUCGCCCUUGCUCAUUGACCAGCCAUGGCAGGUGUGGGAUGGCCAGCGGGUUGUUCAAGAUCCGCGACUUCAAGUCAGCGACACCUCUCUGGUUCCCCAGGUUCUCCUCCUAUCCUUCGGGGAGGGGAGUCCACUGGAGCUGGGGCCGCUGCAGGGCAUGCUGAUGCAGCAGCCUGGCCUGUGGGAUGGCCGUCCAUACUACAAGCACAUGCAGCAGGAGCUCUUCCUGCUGUGCUCUCCGGCCGAGGGCUGGCGUUUGGGACCGCUGCCUCUUGGGGAUCCACCCCCCAGGCCUGUGCUCUUCUCGCGCAGUGCCGCCGCGCUGCCUCAGGAGAUCGUGGAGCCCUGGAUGGUUCCCAGCCUUGGGCCUGGAGGUGCCGAUCAGCUCCCCGCUGCGUCCGUGAGGCUUGCUCCGAUGGACUUUGGGCCCCCGCAACGGCGGAACCCGAGGCAUCUCCUCGUUGAGGGUGUGGUGGCUGGAAACGGUUCCGCGAAUGGAGUGUACAGGCUUGCCCCUGACAGCUGGAACUUGAAACCCGUGUAUCACAAGACAGAUGCCAUUCGCACUGCAUCGCUUUGGUUUGCAGCUGGCGAUUGGCGCAUUGGACCGUCCAUCGAAGAUGGAAGGGUUUGGGUCUAUGCCACUGCGGACAUGCCUUCGCAUGGCGACGCGAGAUGGUUUUCUUUUGCUGGUGUUGUCGAGGAGGUCCGCGUGGUGGAUGCAGCAACGGCGAUUCCCACCAGCAUCAGCGUUGAUGGAACAGAGUUUGUGCAGGAUUCACGUCUUUGCGAUGCUCGCCCAGUGUAUGCAGCAACGAGCUUCGAGGCUGGCAACAGUUCGGGCAGUGCCAUGAAGGUCUACCUGUACUUCCGGGCGCAGGAGUCUGAGUGGUGGCUGGGCCCGGAGGUGGGUGGUCCCGAGUGCUUCGCCCGAGCCGCUGGGUCACUCCUUUCCGUGCUCCCCGGCUCAUUGCACUGGACGCAGCCGCGGUCCUCGGAAGUUUCGGAAGCGGAAGCCGAAGACAUCGACACUGGCGGAGGUUUCCGAGUCCGGGCUCCCGAGCUGGACCUGGGCGACUUUCCCGACUUCGGCGAUCCCGCGCCCGCGCCGAAGGCCACCGUGCCACCUUGGCUCCCUUUGGUCUGCUCCGUUGCCACAGCUGCUGCCUGGUUCCUCCUGCUUCGGCCCGUGUCAGGCAAAGAAGCCUCGGCUGUUCAGAAGCCCAGCAAGCCAGAGGCUCUUGCUUGCGUCGUCUGCUUGGAGGCGCCGAGGAAGAUCCUUCUGAUGCCCUGCCGGCACGUGUGCUGCUGCAAGGACUGCGCGGAGCGCUUGGAGCGCUGCCCGGUGUGCCGAACCGAGACAACCAGCUUGGCAGAGGUUUUUCUGUGA